UAAAAAAAGGGCUUUCCAAGGGAAGGUCUCUAUCUAUAAUCAAACGUGGUGGCGGAGAGAAAUUCAUUUCUCCAUGAGAAAAGUAUGGAACGUAACAAGACUUACUAUUAUGACAUUAGUAGGAGAUUUUUGUCGGUGGUCGGUCAGUGGCCUUACCAGAAGCCGAAGACGAGAUUAUUCUUCUUAACUUUUGUAUUCAUAUUUUUGAUUAAUGCUCUUGUUACGCAGAUAGCAGAAAUAUUUGUAUGCAAAAACAUAGAUUGCAUUUUUGAAGUUUUGCCUUUCCAUUUUUUGAUGUUCAAUAUUGGAGUGAAAGUGCUCACAUAUCGAUUCAAGAGUAAAAAAAUUAAACUUCUCACUGAUCACUUAUUCGCAGACUGGGAUUCUCUCGAAACUCGGGAAGAACGUGAAAUUCUGAAAAAAUAUGCCGAGAGAGGCAGACGAUAUGCGUUGAUAUAUUCCUUAUACCUGUAUCUAAGUAGUAUUAUAUUUAUAUUAACUGCUCUCGGGCCACGUGUAUUGGACGUACUGUUUCCCCUAAAUGCUUCACGUCCUGUAACGUUAGUAUAUCCAGCGUACUAUUUCGUUGACGAAGAAAAAUAUUUUUACUACAUUUUUUGCAAUAUGAUGAUGAUCAUGCUAAUAUGUCUGGCUGGAUUAAUCGCGCACGAUUCUAUGUUUUUUACUUACAUCGAACACGUUUGCGGCCUUUUCGCAGUCAUCGGAUUUAGAUUCGAACGUAUCAUAUAUAAACGUGAUAUCACGAAGAAGAGCUUGAUUGAUUGUCCAAAUAACGUAUAUCACAAACAAAUUGUAUUUUCAAUUCAUGCUCAUCGGCAAGCUCUGCAGUUUGCAAAACUCAUUGAAAAUGUCUUUUCGAUAUCAUUUGCUAUACAACUUAUAGUAGAUACAAUUACUAUAAGUAUUACUUUAGUUCAACUCUCGAUGCAGUUGCAUAAUUUAACGGAAGCGACGAGAUGCAUGCUCUAUAUUUUUGCUCAAUUAUUCCACUUGUUUUGCUUCAGUUUCCAAGGACAAAAAUUGAUAAACCAUAGUCUAGAAACUCGAGACAAGAUUUAUAAUGGUGCGUGGUACGAAUUGCCAGUGAAAGAGCAAAAACUGCUCUUGAUCGUGAUGAGAAAAAGCAUCGAAGCUAGUAGUGUGACUGCCUGCAAGAUAUAUAUAUUUUCUUUGCAAAAUUUCACAACGGUCUUGCAAAGCGCGAUGUCGUAUUUUAUGAUGCUAGCAUCCUUCAGUGCAUAACUGGCCGGUGAUUCUAGCAUUUAUAGUAAAAUAAUGUU